AGACAUCUGCUACAGUCAAAACAUCUGAUACAGUCAAGACAUCUUCUGCAGUCAAAACAUCUGAUACAGUCAAGGCAUCUUCUACAGUCAAAACACCUGAUACAGUCAAGACAUCUGCUGCAGUCAAGACAUCUGAUACAGUCAAAAUAUCUGCAAUAUUGGACUCAUCCAUAAAACGGGAACUUAUAGAAGAGAUUGACACAUUAGAAUCAAAAGAUGUCACUGAUCAAAAUAUUAUUCUACCAGGUGUAACUAAACAAAACAAAAGGCAACUAGACAAACAAAGAGCUAAUCCAAUCAAUGAAUCUGCUAAUCCAAACAAAAAAGCAAGAAAUCAAAACAGUAUAAAACCCAAAGCAAUUAGACAUGCUUUACAACAACAUUGUGUGGAUGCAACAUCUAGUCAAGAACACCUCUAUUCAUGUAAACAAUGCAACAGGACAUAUCACACAGAAGAUACUCUCUACAACCAUGAGUUUCAACACAAGCUGAAUAAGCUCAAAUGUGAACAUUGCGGAAAUGACUUCCUAUCUAAAGGUAUAUUAGAUCGCCAUCUAGAAACAAGCUAUUCAGGGUUCGGAAACCUCUAUCUUUGUGGUAUUCGUAAGCAGAACUUGGAGAAAAAGACACCAAUCGUGUGUCCUGUUAGAAACUGUGGACUUCGGUGUGUACGAAUCACUGUAUUGAAGUCACAUAUCACCAGAAAACACUGUAAGCAAAGCUAUGUGUGUGAUUUGUGUGAACAAAGGUUUGUUUUUGAGAGUACAAUGUUAGUACAUAGAGAAUCUCAUGGAGUUUCAAAGCCGUUCAAUUGCCAAAAAUGUAAUGCUUCCUUCCCAGUUUAUCAACAGUACAAACUCCAUAUAAGGACGCACGUAGGUGAGAAAAUACAUACAUGUGAAUUAUGUGGGCAACUUUUUCCAAGUGGCAAAACUUUGCUAAAACAUAAAAUCAAUGAGCAUACAAAUGUUAGAAAUUUUCUCAGAUCCCCAAAUCGUGAUGUUUUUUCGAAAAAGGGUAGUCAUGCUAUUAAUUCUGACCUGAUACAAAGUCAAGAGAUAUACCAAUGUAACUUCUGUAAGAAAAGGUUUAAAUCGGAGUAUUUUCUAGGCUGUCACUUUAAAGAUCAGCACAAUAAGGGUAAGGUAUUACAUGCAAGGUACCAAUGUGACACUUGUGGUGUAAGACUUAAGACCCAUACUGGCUACAUUUUGCAUAGGAAAAAUCACUACAAAUGCACGCUGUGUGGAAGUUCAUUUGAAUCAAACAUUGGUCUUAAUGUCCAUAUAUAUUACAGUCAUAAAAAAGGACAAUUGAAAAUGAAAAAACAUUGUAAUCAAGCAAAUCAGAAAAAGUUCAGUUGUCCAUUCGAAUGUGCCAAAAUUUAUAAAACACAAAUUGACCUUGACCUACAUUUGGUGGAACACACUGGUCAUAGGUCAUUCACAUGUGAGACAUGUGCACAAACCUUUGAUUCAUAUGCAUCAUUGAUAGAGCAUGACCACAAUGUUGAUGAUUGUCUGUUAAAUGCAGGAAAACACGAUCAGAAUGACUCAGAAGAUGAAAUCGAUACUGAAGAACAUGAACACAUAGAUUCAGAGGGUGUGGUAGAUGCACGAAAAGAUGAUCACAGAGACUUAGACAGUGUGGUAAAUGCUGAAAAACAUGAUCAAAAAGACUCAAGGUCUGUUUUAAAAGCUGAAGAAUGUGAUCACAUGAAUGCUAAAGAACUUGAACAAAUAGACUCAGAGUGUGUGGUAAAUGUGGAAAAACAUGAUAAAAAGGAUGAAGAUAGUGUCGUAGAUGCAGAAAAACAUGAAGAUAAUCUCAGACAGAAUAAUGUUGAAGAACAGCAUGGAACAUCAUCCAACUAUGAUUUGAAUAGUCAGGAUAAUUUGCAUCAAGAACAACAAGCAGUGAGUGAAAAUGCUGAAGCAGAUGUUGAAUGCCCAGCUGUACAUGGUGAAGAAACUGAACAAGUUGAUCAUAAGGAAGAAGCUCCAGGUUCUGCCCCAAGAAACAAUAUUAUGGAAGAAGCUGUUAGAAUUGAGAAGUAUAGACCAAGGCCUACACCCACACCAGAUGCUUUGAAAUACGGAAGAAAACCUGGAAUUGGUAACUCAGAUAUUGUUCCCCAUACAUCAGUCAAACUACCUGAGUUACUUGUUUCAAAACACUUAGAUCUAAAGCAUCUUAAGCCUAUCCCAUUGCCACCGGGAGAGACAAAAAAGCCAGGAGAGACCUUCAUACAAAAGGAAAACAAGACACCUGGGUUGGACAUUGUACUAAGAAAGCCUAUGGUUAAGUUAACUAGGAUAAAUCAAUCUAUCAUUGCACAAUACAGUCCUAAAAAGCCAAUCCAAGAAGUGUCAGAUGAAGUUACUGUCAUUGAUGACAUUAAAGUUGAAAUUGAUGAUGAAGACCUUUCAAGUGCCAAUACAGAUGAUGAUGAUGAGGACUAUGAACCACCCAUCAAGAAAAAAGUUAUUAAAUCCACAAGAGAAAUGUCAAGGAGCGAUAAGCCUUUACCAGAUUGCUUGGUAACCUCAACCAACAAAAAUGUUUUCACAAUAAGAAUACCAACAAUAUCCAAGAAAACAAUUAAGCCAUCAUUGAUACAUAUCAAAGGAAAGAAUAAAAUUAUAACUUAUCCAAUCAGUCGCACUAAUGCAGCUGAGCAAAACAUACACAUACCAAAGAGUCAAAUAUCAAUGAACGAACCCCAAACCAUUUCAAAACAUCAGAAAUCAACCAAUAAGCCGGUGGCAAAGAAAUCAACAGCUAAGAACAUUGUUAUCACACAACUUGCCAAAAAAGCUAAGAAAUCUAAAGAAAAGGCCAAAAGGCGUGAAUCACCUGACUUAGAUAUCACCACUAUCUCUGAGAAACACUCGCAAUCAUCAAAAGAGAAAAUGAAAAUAUCUUUAGCAUUUCUCAAAUCUCCAAAGAAAUCUCCCAAAAAACUGAAUGAGAAUGUUACUUUCAAACAUGUAGCUCGAAAAUCAACUAGUAGAAAUAAUUGCUUUCCUGGAACUGGUAAGAACAGUCCCAUUGCAAGUAAAAAUUGUCCCUUUGAGGCAAGCCAGCAGUGUAUUUGUCCCGGAUGUAAGAAAAACUUCAGAGCAGCACGAUAUGCAGCUCAUAAAGAUGUAUGUCCUGACUUUUUGAAACAACAAAUUGAAAAGUUGAAAGGUUCUCUUGAGAAGGCUAACAAAGGACAGUUUGUGUGCCCAACUUGUCUAAAGGUGUUUCCUACACCUGCUACAUUAGAAACACAUAAGGAUGUUUGCCCAGAAUUUUUGAAGCAGCAGAUAGAAAAACUAAAAGGUUCUCUAAAUAAAGCUAACCAAGGGCAAUAUGUAUGUCCAGUAUGUCAUAAGACAUUUGAUACACCUGUCAAACUAGAUAAGCACCAGAAAAAUUGUUCUGAAAUAUCAGCAUCUGAGACGGAAGAGAAUUUGCCCUGUCAUUUAUGUGACAAAGUUUUCACAACAAAGGGUCGAUAUGACAAACAUAUUACAUUAUGUACCCAAGAGAAAUUGUCCUGCCCCGUAUGUGACCAAACAUUCACUUCAAAGGUUCAGUGUGACAAACAUGUUGCAUUGUGUAUGAAAGAUGAGCUGUCCUGCCCAACAUGCGACAAAAUGUUCACUACAAAAUCCCAGUAUGAAAAACACACCAGAUCAUGUAUGAACAACCAUUUGUCUGGCUCCUUAUGUGAUCAGACUUUCAACACACAGGACCAUAAUGACCAACAUUUUGCAUCAUGUACAGAAGAUGAAAAUAUUGUGACAUCAGCUACUGAUAAUCCUUUGACAUGUAAAACUUGUAACAAGGUUUUCAUGUAUGAAAAAUGGUAUAAUCGACACAAAGUUGCAUGUUGCACUGAUAAUGGAACAGACACAGAAUCAUCAGAAACCUAUAGACCAUUAAAGUGUAAGAUAUGUGGGAAAGUUUUUUCAACAGAGGGUUGGUAUGAGAGACAUGUUAUUUCAUGUACUAAAGAAAACAAAGGUAGAGAAGAGCCAGAAAGUAAUAAACCUUGUACGACAGCAUCUAUGGAAACAGCAAUGCCUGAAAUUCAAGAAGAAAAACUAGUCUGCUCAACAUGUGAUAUGGCUUUCACUGCACAAGGACAGUAUGACAAGCAUGUUACAUUGUGUAUGAAAGACCAGUUGUCAUGCCCCACGUGUGAUAAAACGUUUACUACACAUGGGCAAUAUGAUAAACAUGUUGAAUCCUGUAUGGAAGAGCAAUUGGCCUGCUUAACAUGUGAGAAAGUAUUUACUUCCUGGGAUCAGUAUGAAAAACAUAGCAUAACUUGUACAAAUGAUGACGAUACUGAAAUACCAGAGCAACGGACACAAUGGACAUGUAAAACUUGUGACAAGGUUUUUAUGUUUGAAAAAUGGUAUAACAGGCAUGUUGCAUAUUGCCCAAAUGCAGAUAUUAACACUGAAAGAUCAGAUAUAUAUAGACAUAUGAAGUGUAAAAAUUGUGAUAAAGUGUUUUCCACAGAAGGUUGGUAUGAAAGACAUAUAUUAUCAUGUGUCUCCAAGGAAAAAGCCAGUUCUGAUUCGUCUAAAAGCAAUGAUAGUGAUACAACAGAAAAAAUGAUUUGCAAAGCUUGUGAGAAAGUUUUUACUGCAAAAUGGAGGUAUGACAGACACAUUUUUUAUUGUCCUAAGAAAAAGGUCCAGAGUGAAUCAUCAGAAACAAAUAAGCCUACCGACCAAAUGAUUUGUAAAAAUUGUGAUAAAGUUUUUGCUGUAAAAUGGUGGUAUGAAAAACACAUUUUAACAUGUGUAGCCAUUGGAAAGCAAUUUUUAACAUGUCCAGUAUGCCAAAAACAAUUUCCUGGAAAUUGUCUGAGUAAUUUUGAAAGCCAUCGUAAACUUUGUUCAGAAACUAAAACUUCUUCAAAUAGGAAACCAAGUGAAUAUGUGUGCAGUACUUGUGGUCGUGUAUGCUAUAGCAUAGUUUGGUUCAACAAACAUCGACAAACAUGUGGCAAUAUAAAAGCUAGAGAGGAGAUAAGUCAUGAUUAUGAAAUACAACAAACUAAAACUAGUACUGAAGCUGAAAAAUAUAAAUCUUCCAGUCCUAAUUGGGCUUUUUCAACUCAAAAGAAGUUGAUUUGUCCUACAUGUAAAGCCACCUUCACAAGUUAUGGCAAGUUCUCCAUGCAUAGAAAACACUGCACCAAUCCAAUUAAAACAUGCCCAAUGUGCAAUAAGGUAUUCUCAGAUCCUGAUUGGUGGAUUAAACAUAGGGAUGUGUGUGAAGGAAUGAUUAUGAGUACCAGCAAGAAUGGGCCUGCAAAAGCAAAGAAAUCCACGAGUAGAAAUGGCCCUUUGCCACAUACUCAACAUGCAAACUUAAUAUGUAAAACAUGUAAAAAGGUAUUUUCAUCACAAGCAUGGCUUGAAAAACAUCUUGAAGCAUGCAGAGACAUAGAGGAUGAGAAAAAUCAGGAUCUUUCAUGUUCUACAUGUGGAAAACGAUUUUCAAAUCAUAUAUGGUACGACAAGCACACUAAAGCAUGUCAAAAUGAAAGUUGUGGCGAGGAUGAAGCACUAACUUGUAAAGGGUGCAGUAAGGUGUUUUCUGCAGUUGGAUGGUUUGAUAAGCAUCAAGGAAUAUGUCCUGGACUGAUGAAAAAUGCCCAACUUGUAACUAAAGCAUUUACAGAGGGCCCUCAGCCGCAUACAUGCAAGUCAUGUCAGAAAACAUUUGCUGUUCGAGGUUGGUAUGAAAGACACAUUGAAACAUGUACAUCGACAUCAAUACAAGCUAGACCCAAUGAAAGUUGUCUAGAAGAUGAAGUGCAACGCUACAGCUGCCCGGGUUGUAAAAAAUCAUUUAUACGAUUUAUGUGGUUUGAAACGCACAAGAAGAAAUGUCCAGAAAUGGCAAAAUUGUUUGUUUGUCCAGGAUGUAAGAAAGUUUUCAGAAGUAGGCAAUGGUUUGAGAAUCACCGUUUCAAAUGCUCCAAAUCUCUUGUUUUAUCAUCUGAUCACACAAAGAACAAAUCCCCUGUUAAUGGUUUGGAGCCUCACUCCAUGUUUACAGUCGUCAAAGUAGAGGAGGGUGAUGGUAAUAUUUACGCUGAAAUGCUAAAAAAUGAAGAUGAACUAAAUUCUGGAUAUUCAGACAGUGAAUCAAAGCCAAAUAUAACAAUAAAAGAUGUCUACCAAAUAUCCGACUUUGGUCCCGAAAGUAAUAAAAAGAAGAAACAUUCUGAUGAAUACUUAGCAGGUCUUUAUGGUAUUGAGCCUUGUCGGGUACUUGUUAAACCUUUAAUCAAUAUCGGUACUAUUGCUAAUACUAUAAUAUCUGCAGCAACAACUGUUCGUGUUAAUAGCCCCAAAGCGAAAUCAAAUGUGGGAAGUGCUGUUGGGAUAAGUGACAUUGACAAAGAAGAAGGGAAUAAGACAGCGCUGAUGGGUCACAAUGAGACUGACUGGGCAUCACUCAUUGAUAAUAUCUCAAUCAGUUCUGUUAAUGAAUCUGAUUGUGAAAAAGCAGUACUUGGUUUAUCAUUGGAUACUGACUCUGAAACAAAGGACAAUACACCUGAAAGUAUUAGUAUAAAUACUGUGAGUGGUAUGAAGACUGACCACCAAAGCACACAAGAAUUGAAGCAACCAUCUGUAUGUAAAGACAAUGCUGAUCUAUCACCACUUGAUUCCAUCAGUAUAUAUGCUGUUACACAUGAUGACAAAAAUAAAAUAGAACAUAUUGAUGGAAACAGUAUCAGCAGUGAAAAUGUUGAUGGUGGCAAAACUACAUCUCAUGAUACUAGUAUAAUUAAGAUUAUAGAUGGCAAUCUUGAGACCACACACCAGCAACUAAAUUCAAUAAAUAUCAAGGGAGGUACCACAACUGAAGUGAAUAAGAUUAAAAAUGAUACACAUGAAGCAAAUAUCAAGCCAAUUAGGGAAUUGAAUUUUGACAACUUAAGAGGUAUUCCAGAAAAGAUGAAACCAGAUGAUGACAAAGUGAGUAAGAUUGAAAUAGAUAAAACAAUUGAAGGUGAUACACACAAAUCUCUUAAUGAGUUGGAUGGUAAAUAUGCCUCAACUAAAGAUCAUAAUAAUGGCAAUUUGGAAGAGAACCUAGCAGGAAUGGAACAAGAUGAUGAUAUGUUUGAAACGGUGAUGCCAGAAGACUCCAUUAUUGGUAACCCUGUACCAAACCUAGAAGAUGAUAAUAACCUAGAAAAGGAGAAUGAUUUGGCACUGGCUAUUAUAACAAAAUCAGAUAAAGAAAUUCAGAAUGAAAUUGAAACAGUGAAUGAACAUGAUCUACCAUUUGAUAAUGGUAUGCACAAAAACAUUCGAAUUACCCAUUCUUCUUCUGAUCACUUACAAACCAAAAUGCUAAAUAACCCAACUGAAUGUGAACCAGUAUUUCUUAAGGAACCUGAAAGCACAAUUUGUGGUAGUCGUGUAGACUCCAUUGUGGCAAAAGAUGAUGCAGCACAGUAAUAUAUAACGGCUAUAAUGACACAUGUAUUUGACUAUAAGUACAUAAAAAAAAAAAAUGAUAAAUUGAAGUUAUAAAAGCCAUCUGUAAUCUGAAUGUUCACAGACAUCAAUGUCAUGAAUCUUGAAAAGUGAAAAGGGUGAAGUAUUCUUUAUAUGGGAUAUGCUUAAACAAUUGGAGUAAUUUAGGUUGGAAUUGUCUAUCAAAUCAAAUAUUGACCUGGAGCAUUGCUAAAUAUUACAUGGCAAUUAAAUUGUGCAAUUUACAUGGUUUAACGUUGUCAAGGUUGAUGAAAUUGAUUCAGAAAGAAAGACGCAAAUCAUAUUAUAAAUUGUGUGUUUGUAACAUCCAUAUUCACUUGGACCAUUACUAAAUAUUACAUGGUAAUUAAAUUGUGCAAUUUACAUGGUUUAACGUUGUCAAGGUUAAAUUAAUUGAAUCAGAAAGAAAGAGGCAAAUCAUAUUAUAAAUUGUGUGUUUGUAACAUCCAUAUUCACUUGGACCAUUACUAAAUAUUACAUGGUAAUUAAAUUGUGCAAUUUACAUGGUUUAACGUUGUCAAGGUUGAUGAAAUUGAAUCAGAAAGAAAGACACAAAUCAUAUUAUAAAUUGUGUGUUUGUAACAUACAUAUUGACUUGGACCAUUACUAAAUAUUACAUGGCAAUUAAUUUGUGCAAUUUACAUAGUUUAACGUUGUCAAGGUUGAUGAAAUUGAAUCAGAAAGAAAGAGGCAAAUCAUAUAAUAAAUUGUGUGUUUGUAACAUCCAUAUUCACUUGGACCAUUUCUAAAUCUGUAAAUAUUACAUGGUAAUUAAAUUGUGCAAUUUACAUGGUUUAACCUUGUCAAGGUUGAUGAAAUUGAAUCAGAAAGAAAGAGGCAAAUCAUAUUAUAAAUUGUGUGUUUGUAACAUCCAUAUUCACUUGGACCAUUACUAAAUAUUACAUGGUAAUUAAAUUGUGCAAUU